AUGUAGGGCCUGGCCCUAAAUGUCAGAAAACCUCAGCUCUCCCAAAGAUUAAACCAUCUGUUUGUGCCCCCCUCAUUUGCUGGAGCUUUCGCAGUCAGCUGUUUCCCCAUGAUAGUGCCACUGCCCGUCGAGCAAUAAAUAUUCGGAGCACCAUGGAGAACGUGUCCAAGAUCUGGCUGGGGCCCCUCCCCGCGGACUCGCCGUACGUGAAGCCCUUCCGGCUGUAUUACGUCCAGAAUGGCAAGGAGAAGAACUGGGACCUGCUCAAAGUCCACGACAGCGUGGCCAUCAUCCUGUACAACAUCACGCGCCAGAAGCUUGUAUUGGUACGACAGUUCCGGCCCGCUGUCUACCACGGCGUCCUUACCAGCGCCGAGGGCAACUUCAACGAAGUGGACCUCACCAAGUACCCGCCCUCCAUUGGGGUCACCCUGGAGCUUUGCGCCGGAAUUGUGGACAAGGAGAAGAGCUGGGCGGAGAUUGCCCGCGAAGAGGUUUUGGAGGAAUGCGGCUAUGAUGUUCCCGUGGAGCGUAUCGAGGAGGUCAUGGUCUACCGAUCUGGCGUUGGCUCCUCAGGUGCCAAGCAGACCAUGUACUACUGCGAGGUGACCGAUGCCGACAAGGCCACCACUGGCGGUGGAGUAGAGGACGAGAUCAUCGAGGUGGUGGAGCUGACCCUGCCGGAAGCCCAGCGCAUGAUCCAAAAGGGAGCCGUGAACAACAGCCCGCCCAGCUGUCUGAUGGGCCUGAUGUGGUUUUUCGCAAACCGGGCUCCCAGUGCCCGCGUCUAGAUGACGCCUCGUCGCGUCUAGAUGACACUCACCCGGAUAAGCGGCGGCCGUGAAAGGAAGAUAAAAGGAGGAGUAGCAUCCGCAGUGUUGCCUUAGUAACUCGUAUUCAAAUAAUUUCCAAAAAACCCCAGGGGAUCUUAGUCUAUCCCAAAACUAAAUGAAAUUCCGCGCCCUAAGACGCUCAAUUUAUGAUAUGUGUUAUAUAUGUAAUAAACCCUGGCCAGAUGUCCGCUCAUGAAU